AUGCAGGAUGCAAUGAGCCAGCCGACUCCGGUGCGGAUGAUCCUUCGAUAUCGCGAACGGCCAUUUCAGCCCCUAAGUCCAAUCAUCCAAGCAUUCUUCGAAUGGCGAGAUGUUCAACCUGGAAAAGACUACUCUCUGCGUAUAUCUAGUAACAGCUAUUCGUCUCCCUUAUAUCUCAUUCUCGAUCUCUAUUCCAAAACAUGCCCAACUGUCAAUCUUGAAGAGGUAGAUGUCGAGAUCUUCAAAGUCACAGGCAUCAAUCCAUUUACAUUUCUGGAUCUCGGAGAGGCAGCUCGUAACAGGGCUCGCCAGCUAUCUGUUUCUCAAGAGUGGGGUGAUGCCAACCUGUUUCGUCAAAUAAGCGGUAAUAACCCCGGGCCUUGA